AAUUAAUACUACUUUAAUUAGUUUAUAUUCUUCUCCAGGUAACUUGCGCUAACAAGCAAGAUUAAAUACAUUUGUUUGAUGGAAUUAAACAUUAUCAAUGUGGACAAAUUUUUUCAAUAAAAGACAGAAAAUGUGAGUCGCUCAUCUUCAGAUAUACUCCACAACACAGCCCAUUGUUUCUGCAUCUCCUAAAAAGGAAAAUAAUUCUAGGUUAAUACGUAACCUCUAUUCAAGCAGCCGCCACUGUACAAAUUCUAGCAGAAUUAUGCUUCCAGUUCCAGCCAGCCAAGAUUUCUUCUUCAGAAUGAUGACACAUACACACACUGAUAGUCCAUGCAUGUUCCAAAAGUAAUUAAACACUUUUUUUUUGUUUGUUUGUUUAGACCUCAAGUUUAUAAUAUUGCUUCAUGUCUAUGUCAUCAGCUCUCUUCCUCUUCUUCUUUGUCCCCCCCUCUCUCUCUCUCUCAUAAACUCUGAUCAAAAAGUGAAGAUCGCGUCCUACUUAUGUGAGAGAGAGAGAGAGAGUUGUAAUAGUGAUCAAAGAUAACAAUUGAAGCAGCCAUGCACUUGAAUUCCCACUUAGCCAUACUUGUAGCAGCAAUAUCAUAUUUUGCAGGCACAUCUGAUGGGUCCUGCAAUGAAGUCGACCGCCAUUCUUUAUCAUCAUUCAACCUCAGCAUCAGCGCUGCGCCUCCCUUGAACUGGUCUCUCUCUGCAGAUUGCUGCACUUGGGAAGGUGUCUCUUGCGACAAUUCAAGCAGAGUUACCAGUCUAUGGCUCCCAUCAAGAGGCCUAGUUGGUAACAUGUCGCCUUGGCUCAUGAAUCUCACCACUCUCAAUCUCUCUCACAACACCCUCUCCGGCCCCCUCCCGGAUGGAUUCUUCACCUCCUCCUUCAUCGUCAUCGAUUUGAGCAUCAAUCGUCUCUCCGGUGCGCUCUCACCGUCAAAUAAUCUGCCUCCUACCAUCCAGAGCUUCAACCUGUCCUGCAAUUCCUUUCACGGCACAAUCCCGUCUUCAUUUCUCGAGACAGCAUCAAAGCUGCAAGCUUUUGAUGUCAGCAAUAACAGCUUCUCCGGAUCAGUUCCUUCCUCCAUCUGCAGCUAUUCGCCCUCACUGGAGCGCCUUGAUUUCUCCAACAAUGAUUUCUCAGACCAGAUUCCUGCAGGUUUUGGAGAGUGCUCAAAGCUGCAGAGCCUAAGAGCAGGCUUCAACAACUUGUCUGGACAGAUCCCACAUGAUAUCUACAGUUUGUCGACGUUGCAACAGCUCUACCUACCUGGAAACAAGCUCUCUGGAGUGAUGAAUCAAAGUAUAGCCAGCCUCAUCAACCUCAAAAUCCUCAAUUUGUAUGGCAAUGAACUCACAGGCGCGAUCCCUCAAGACAUCGGGAGGCUGUCCAACUUGGAACACCUGCAUCUCCACAUAAACCAUCUCACUGGAACCAUCCCAACAUCUCUUACAAACUGCACCAGCCUCAUCACUCUGUAUCUGAGGGUCAACUCUCUAGAAGGUGAACUUUCCUCUUUCGAUUUCUCAAGAUUUGUGCACCUCAAAUCAGUUGAUCUAGGCAACAAUCUGUUCAGAGGAAGUUUGCCUGCAAGCCUCUUCAGCUGCAAGAAGCUGACAGCAAUUCGGUUGGCUUCUAACAACCUCAGUGGACAGAUUCUUCCCACCAUACUGUCACUGCCAUCCUUGUCUUUCCUCUCUCUCUCCAACAACAGCCUAACCAACAUCACAGCUGCCCUUGGAAUCUUAACAGGUUGCAAGAAUCUCACCACAUUAACACUCUCAACGAAUUUUCACAACGAAAGACUGCCUAGUGAUGGUGAUGAGAGCUUGGUUGGCCUCGAGGGGCUUCAUAAUCUCCGAGUUCUCGCCCUUGGUGCCUGCGGAUUCACCGGCUCUUUUCCACUCUGGCUGUCCAAGCUACCCAAGCUUGAGGUUGUAGACUUAUCCUUCAAUUUUCUUACAGGAACAAUUCCGGGUUUCAUUGGAAGUUUCAAGGAACUUUUCUACUUAGAUUUGUCAAAUAACCAGCUAUCAGGAGUCUUCCCUAUUGAACUCACAACAAUGCAGAGGCUAGCAAUUCAGCAGAGCUCUCAUCAAAUUGAUAGCAGCUAUUUAGAGCUGCCUGUCUUUGUCACUCCUGACAAUGUUUCCAGCUAUCAAUACAAUCAACUCUCAAGCUUACCAACAGCUAUAUACUUAGGAAAUAAUAGCAUCAACGGCACCAUCCCUUAUGCGAUUGGUCAGCUUAAGUUCAUCAAAGCCCUUGAUCUCACCGGCAAUCAUUUCUCCGGUGAAAUCCCUGAUGCACUCUCUAAACUCACCAACUUGGAGAAACUAGACCUCUCAAGAAACAAUUUCUCCGGCCAAAUCCCAUCAUCACUCCAAAAUCUCAAUUUCCUCUCCUCUUUCAGUGUUGCAGACAAUAAUCUUGAAGGUCCAAUCCCCACAGGAGGGCAGUUUGACACUUUCCCCGUCUCAAGCUUCCAAGGAAAUCCAGAGCUGUGCGGCCGUAUCUUGCAGCGUUCUUGCUCAGCCGCCCCGACCAACAUUUCGCCUCUGGCAAGAGGGAGGAGAAGGAAGAAGAGAGUCAUGGUACUAAUACUUGUGAUCUGUUCAUCCAUCUUCACCAUGUCUCUACUUUUAUAUUUCUUCUUGGAGAAGAGGUGGAGAAGGCUAGAUCAGAAACCCGGGCUUGAGACAAGUGGCCUCGACAUUGAUCCUGAAGAUGAAAGCACCACAAGAAGCCUAGUCACGUUGUUUCCAAACAACGACAAGAUACAUACUCUGUCCAUGGCUGAAAUCUUGCAAGCCACACACGAUUUCAGCCAAUCCAACAUCAUCGGGUGCGGAGGUUUCGGAUUAGUAUACAAAGCCGUUCUUGAAAAUGGGACUAAACUUGCGAUCAAGAAGUUCUCAGGGGACAUGUGUGUGGUGGAGAGAGAAUUCAAAGCAGAGGUGGAAGUUCUCUCCACAGCCCAACACCGGAAUCUUGUAUCUCUAAAAGGCUACUGCAUGCACGACGGAGACAGAUUGCUCAUAUAUUCCUUGAUGGAGAAUGGCAGCCUAGACUACUGGCUGCACGAGAAGCCCGGCGGCGGCGCCCAGCUCAGCUGGCCAGCGCGCCUCAGAAUCGCGGCGGGCGUGGCCAGCGGCGUCGCGUACAUGCACGAGACAUGCGAGCCGCACAUAGUGCACCGUGACCUCAAAUCCAGCAACAUUCUUCUGGAUCACAACCUGGAGGCCCACGUGGCGGAUUUCGGGCUGGCUAGGCUGAUUCUGCCGCACCGGACGCACGUCACGACGGAGCUGGUGGGGACGCUGGGGUACAUUCCGCCCGAGUACGGGCAGUCGUGGGUGGCGACGUUGAGAGGAGAUGUGUACAGUUUCGGGGUGGUGAUGGUGGAGCUGGUGACGGGGAAGAGGCCUUUUAUGGUGUUGAAUCCCAAGGGGGAGAGAGAGUUGGUGAAGUGGGUGAUGCAGAUGAGGAGAGAGGGGAAGCUGGAGGAGGUGUUUGAUCCGGCCAUUAGAGACAAAGGCUUUCAAGGAGAGAUGGUGAGAGUUGUUGAGAUCGCCUCUUUGUGUCUCAAUCAGAAUCCAUUGGAGAGGCCCACCAUGAUUCAAGUUGUUGAUUGGCUCAAGGAUGUCGGGCGAAGCAGAGGUUCACGCUCCGGAUCCGACCAUUAUAUUGCUUGUUGAAGAUGAUCAGUCUCUGCAUUUUUUUAUCCAGUUUUCUUUCUUUUUUUAGUGUUAGGACUCAAACCAACUAAACUACUUUGUUUCAAUGUUUAGUAAUUUCUUUCCUA